AUGGCAAUGACCCCAGAUGAUUCCUCCGGAGACCGUGACACCCAAUCACUUACAGAUAGUGUCACGGAUUAUCCAAAAGAAUAUGGUCGGACAUAUCAUCGCUACCACGAGGGCCUCUACCCCUAUCCAAACGAUGAGCAGGAGCUCGAUCGUCUAGACAUGCUACAUCAUAUCUGGAAGGAGGUUAAUCAAAGUCGACUAUAUAUCUCGCCGCUUCGAGAGCCUAAGCAUAUUCUAGAUAUCGGCACAGGCUCGGGCAUAUGGCCGAUUGAAAUGGCGACUAUAUUUCCAGACGCCACCAUCACAGGGACGGAUCUGUCACCAGUCCAACCAACUGAAGUCCCUCCAAACGUGCAUUUUCUAGUGGAAGAUGCGACCGAGAAUGAGUGGCUGUGGGAAGCCAAUCACUUCGACUACAUCCGCUUAGGCAACAUGAGCGGCGCCUUGCCCUCAGUGGCAGAUAUCAUGAGAAAAGUCAUGAAAGUCCUCAAGCCUGGUGGCUGGUUUGAAUGGCACGAGAUUGACCCGACGCCACGCUGCGAGGAUGGUACCAUGCCGCCACCCGAGGAAGAAGGUUUCAGCCAGUACGCGCUGCACGACUGGGUCGAGCUGAGUGAAAGGGCCGCAACAGAGAUCGUCCCCACACGAGAAUUUAUCAUUGCUCCUACAUUAGCCCAUAAAAUGAGAUCGGCGGGAUUCGUGAAUGUCGAUGACCAGAGUAUCAAAGUCCCCAUGAAUCGAUGGCCCAGGGACCCGCAGCUCAAGACAUGGGGGGAAUGGUACGAGAGGAACUGGCUUGAUGGGCUCUCUGCAUUCUCAUACAAACCCCUACAAUCGUUAGGCUGGUCAAAACCAGAGAUCGAAGUCUUUCUAGUCUCGGUUCGACAGUGUAUCAGCAAUCGACAUUUCCACACAUAUCACAACUUUCACAUCGUCACGGGAAGGAAGCCAUUCCCGGGGGAAUAA